UAAUCAGGAUUAUAUAAAAUUAUUAUAUCGGCUAGCUAAUGGUGAUUAUCUAAAAGAUUUGCUGGUAACUAUGAUAUAUAUUACGUAAAUCAGUGAAAUAAAAACCGUUGAAGUAUAACGUUGAAAAUGAGAACGAGAAAUCUAUUUUGUAACGUGUCAAAUAACAGUGAAAAAGUAAAUUUAGUUGUGUUGGAGCGCACUUGUUGCUUGCGGUGAGAUGAAUCCUUUUUACCUAAACUGAAAUAAAAUGGGAGUCAUAUUUCUUAAAAAACAUUAAUUAUUCCAUUUUAUUGUGAAAAAUACAUUAUGAGAGCUUAUGAUAGGAUUAAUUUUGCAAAAUUCCAAGGUAAAUAGAAAUUUUAAAAAUAUAAACAAGUUAUCGGUACUGUCUACUCAACCUUCUAUUCGGGAUCUAAUAUAUAAUUCAUGUAAAUUUUGUUCUUUAAAUACUUAUGCGAAUGAACUGCUCAGUUUUUAGAAUAUAAUCCAGAUCUUUGAAAUUGAAAAUAUCCAAUUAAUUGUUAAUAAUUAGAAAAUAUUUCCGAAGUUGUGACAAUUUAAUUCGAGACCAGUCCAGACAACAGGCUCUAUAUACACUAUUAGUUAUUUAGUAAGUCACAAAUUAAUUGAAAGACUCCUCAACUGAGCAAACUAUUAAUAUUGAUUUAGUCCUAAUAAUUAUUAUUUUUUUUGUAUAAAUAUUAAUGGCAUUCUUUCAAUUAUGAUCAUUUACUGUAGACUUUUAUUAGAUAAAAAUUUAAAUAAUAUAUAUAAUUAGUAUUAUAACUUAUUUGAUUUGAAUUAUCACAAUCAUUAACAAAAGUAGUAAACUUUUUGUUUCUAUGAUUUGUAUUAUAUUUGGCAGAAGUCAUAAGAUAUCAAAAUGAACAAAUGUCGCUUAUAAAAAAAAUAAAUUGCUCCUUAAUCGAGAAAUAUUUAUUAACUAAUUUAGUGCGUCGCAUUUCUAAGAACUAUUUUUAAAAGUAUUGGAGUAAUAGCCACUACUUUCGAUUUUCGCCCCCUAUUUGAUACCGCAGAAGUAGCGACAUAUGUGAUUGUCUCGAGAACUAGUACAGAGCCGCGGAAUACGUUGUACGAAUAGCUUAAGAGUGGACGUGUGUGGCUCAGCAUGAAGAAAAACGUCAAAAUUGGAAUAAUUUCAUAGUUAAAGUGUAAAAGUGCAAGAAAAUAGUGCGUGGGGUGUGUGUAGUACAGUGUAUAUAAUGUAAAUAAUGCCUUUAUUAACUUUGGGAACUUGAAAAUUAUUUGUAAACAAACUGCGAGUUUCGUUCAAGAUGGCUGGACUUUGAAGACACUCUUUGUCCGUAUGUCAUUAUGAAAGUUGAGCUUAUCGCUCAGGAUAGAAGGAUAGAGUGGGAAUGCGUGACAUGUUCAUCCAAUCCCAUCAGUCGGUUACGAAUAGCAACAACAACGGGGCAGUCCAACCAAAAAAGCGUAAGGCAGAACAUUAUACAAACAGUACCGGUAUUGUUAGCGGCAACGCAAGCGCGGAAUUUACGUUCGUCGAUCAAGUAUUUUCUGUAAACGACGGCGGUACGCAAAACUUCGAUUCUUCAACAACUUCUUUGACCAAUAACAUUGUUAAUAAUCAAACUAACAAUAGUCAUAAUGGCAGUCCAUCUCGCAGUAAUCAACAACCUUUCGUGCGAGCGUCUACCAUCAAACUGUUAGAUACUUAUCAGCGCUGCGGCCAAAAAAGAAAAACUUGGACGCCGGAGGGUAAUGGUAAUAGCUGCGGGGAAGAGGUCAUCCCCAAUACAGAUUGUCCAAUAUCAACAACCACGACGGCCCACAGCAAGGUUACAGCGGCUCCGGGGGGCACCAACCCCCAGCCGCAAGGGUCGGCCGCUACUAGUGGAGCCGACGGAGAUUAUCAAUUGGUACAACAUGAGGUGUUAUAUUCCAUGACUAAUCAGUACGAGGUACUGGAGUUUUUGGGUAGAGGUACGUUCGGCCAAGUGGUCAAAUGUUGGAAGAAAGGUACAAACGAAAUAGUCGCCAUCAAGAUUCUCAAGAAUCAUCCUUCUUAUGCCAGACAAGGUCAAAUAGAAGUGAGCAUAUUAUCCAGACUUAGUCAAGAAAAUGCGGACGAAUUCAACUUCGUCAGGGCUUACGAGUGUUUCCAACACAAAAAUCACACGUGUCUUGUGUUUGAGAUGCUCGAACAGAACCUUUACGAUUUCCUGAAACAGAACAAAUUCAGCCCCUUGCCUCUCAAAUACAUCAGGCCUAUUUUGCAGCAGGUUCUAACGGCGUUGCUCAAACUUAAGCAAUUGGGGCUCAUCCAUGCCGAUUUGAAACCUGAAAAUAUCAUGUUAGUUGAUCCGGUGCGACAGCCGUACCGUGUGAAAGUAAUAGAUUUUGGCAGCGCUUCGCACGUCAGUAAGGCAGUGUGUAAUACGUACCUACAAUCUAGGUAUUACAGGGCACCGGAAAUUAUUUUGGGAUUACCAUUUUGUGAGGCAAUCGAUAUGUGGUCCCUGGGAUGCGUCGUCGCGGAACUGUUCCUGGGAUGGCCUCUAUAUCCAGGAUCAUCGGAGUACGAUCAAAUAAGGUACAUAAGCCAAACUCAAGGUUUGCCUACAGAACACAUGUUGAACAACGCCUCCAAGACGACGAAAUUUUUCUACAGAGAUAUGGAUAGUACUUAUCCUUUCUGGAGGUUGAAAACACCCGAAGAACAUGAAGCUGAAACUGGUAUCAAGUCCAAAGAAGCGCGAAAAUAUAUUUUUAAUUGUUUAGACGACAUUGGGCAAGUUAAUGUACCAACCGAUUUAGAAGGUGGUCAAUUGUUGGCCGAAAAAGUUGACAGAAAAGAAUUUAUAGAUCUGCUGAAGAGGAUGUUGACAAUGGACCAGGAAAGACGGACAACACCUGGUGAAGCCUUAAAUCAUGCUUUUGUUCGAUUGGCUCACUUAGUAGACUACGCACAUUGUAAUAAUGUGAAAGCUAGUGUACAAAUGAUGGAGGUUUGUCGAAGGAAUGAUUACAAUAAUACAACAUCCUCAUCCCACCAUCAACCGGCGCAACAAGCACCAUCUUUGGUCGCCAAUUUCGUUCCAAAUUCAAACGGUAACGUCACGUUCACCAUAAACAACCAGCUAUCUAACCAGGUUCAGAGGCUCGUGAGGGACAGAUCCGGAUAUGAUAAUCUGUAUCAAAUAUAUAACGGUAGAACUGUCGGUAGACAAUAUGCCACUAGUAGUAGGGCAGAUCCAUUCCAACAUCAACUUGUCUCGAGCAUUUUAUGUCCUGCUGGUUAUCAAGGUAUGGGUGGUUCGCCUGCAAAACAUGUAACCGUGGUUCAACAACAACAAUUGCAGAUACAACCUCCGAUUUUAAGCCAACCGGGUCAACAACAAUAUGUGCCAGUUAGUGUGGUCGAACCUAGUGGUAGACAAAUGCUAUUAACCAAUGCCGUACAGACAUCCUGGCCGACAAAUCGUCAACAAAUGGCUAUAGUUCCUUCGUGGCAGCAACUUCCACCUCAACAUGCCGCCAUACAACAACCUCUACUAUCCGAAGCCGAAUGGGGUCGUCCAUUGUUGGUCGAUUCGUCUGCCAUCCUUCAAGAACAGCGCCCCGUAUUUCCAGUGGAUGUCACAGCGGAAGUUUAUAAUCCAACUAUAGUCGAUCAUACAGGAGCCUCGUGGAGUAGCAAAAGGAGUUCCAAAAAUCAUCAUAGUCAACAAUCUGGAGGACAUCAUAGCCAUCAUCAUUUAAUGGUACCGUCUCACCAUAGAUCUCAACACGAUAAAAAAGAACAAACGCAACUGAGUCCAGUUAAGAAACGAGUAAAGGAAGGCACUCCACCAUCAGAGCAGAUCAGUUACUCGAGCAGCAGCAGCAGAAGGAAUCACAGUCCCACAAAUCAAUGGCAUCAUUCGUCAUCUCAUCAAGUUUCUUCUCAUGAUCAUCAUACUCAAACGGUUCAUCAUCACCAUCACCACCACCACCACAACAAUAGUAGUGCCGCCGCGGUCGCUGCGAUUCCUUCGAAACAACACACUAUUACCAUUAACGAUACACCAUCGCCUGCAGUUUCUGUUAUAACAAUAUCCGAUAGCGAAGAUGAAGUAACUCCGGGGAAAAAAUCUAUACACACUACCACUCAAACUCAACCAUUAGCACCGCCCCCGCCGGUAGCCGCGGUUCAAAGAAAGAAUGUUAUUAGUUGUGUUAGCGUUCAAGAUAGCGACAACGAGGAAAGGAAUUCGGCUAAGGUUAGCAAGGCUACAAGUCAUACGCAUAGCUACAAUCCUGUCAUCAAAAACGAACCUUGUCAAAAUCAAAGCAGUAGUCACAACAGUAAUACCAGCAGCAUCAAUUAUGCUUCACAGAAGAAAAGAAUAUUGGCAAAAGCACAAUCUGAAUGUAUGUUAAAUGUUCCAACAAAACAAGAACCAACUGAUUACAAUUAUUUACAACAUUGCGGAUCUGCAUGCAAGGAACCUGUACAGUCCUAUCAGUAUGUCAGUACAUCUCAGCACGAUCAACCGACGUAUUCAACAAGCGAUAAAAGAGUCUCCUGGGCUCCACCUGUAGCCCAUAACACCUCGAGUCACUCUAGACGACAUUCUGCAGUACCUGUAGUCAGUCUACAAGAAUACGCAGUACCCGCUCAACCUCAUAAUGAGUAUAUUCAACCGCCGGCGGCUCAUUCUACCAGAGAUACCUUAACCGUCGCCAGAGAACAACAUUUAUUAGCUCCCGGAAAGAGUUGGGGACCACCACAAGCUAUACAUCCCAGUUAUAGACACGGCCAGGCUCAUCUGUCACCCCAACCGUUAUCGGCUGCUCCAAGGCUAUCGCCCCAACAUCCGUUGGCAGCGGCAGCCGGUCAGCCACUUUACCAUCAAACUGAACUUUAUCGAAGACCCGUCUACGUAACUACCACCCAACCCGCCUAUCUGCCUACUACGCACCAGGUAGCGCCAGCUGGCCGCGCGCUACCUCCGCCACCAGCACACCAUUCGAGUGCUAGACCAGUUUUAGCCAGCCACGCCAGCCAUCCGUUACCCGCCCAUUUGCAGUUUCCGUCGCAUGCUCAAGUGGCGGCAGCUUCAUAUGGAUUCGCUCCACUUAGCCCUGCCAAGAGUCAUCAAUAUCAACCUGCAAGUUUGUGGUUCGCCGAAUGAUAACGAAAUAAAAAUAUAUAUAAAAAUUGAAGAAAAAAAACUAUAGGAUCUAAACUGGACGCCGCUCAAAUUUUGGUCCGGUUUUACAAAAGUUGUAUUUAAUUUUGGUUGUUAGUUUUAUGUUUGGUAUUACUUACGUUUAGUUGUAUUUUGGUAUUUUACGGGAAAUUCCCAAAUAUAUAAAUGAAUAGUUUGCAUAUUUUACUAAAUAACAAAUUUGAUAUAGUUAGUACUCAUAGACAUUUAAUUUUUAUUUAAAUUAUUUAAAAAAUCCAAAUUUUGCUAAACGUAUUUACGACCAAAUUAGUGUUACUGAAUAGUGCCUAUGUUUUAAUCAUAUUAUUUUAUUUUUCAUGUAUUGUGUGUUGGAUUUUUAAAAAUGUUUAGAAUUUCACAACUUAUUUUAUAACGCAAUCGUAAUUUGUAUAAGAGGGUAGUUUUGUGCAAUUCGAUUGUUUAUUAUUCGCAACCCUUUCGCUGUAUGUAUAAUUCGUUAUUCUAUUGCUAUCGGUCUUUCUAUUAAGUUUCCGAUACCUUCCUUCCGUCCAAUUUUCUUCGAUAAAUCCAUUUUCAAAUCCGGCUCGAAGGACCAGAAAUAAGAAUAUUCGGUAUUGCAUAAAUUGCGUCUUAUAGGAAGUUUUAAAAAGCGAAAGGGUUGAUUCGAUUGAAAAAUAUUUUAUAAGGGGCUUAAUUCUUAACAAUGUUUGGCGUUUUUCUUAUUUUUUUAAUUUAAGGUAUUCUAUCUUGCUAUUUAUACAAAACAAAGGGUAUUAAUAUAUGUUUAACUUGAUUGUUUUAUUAUAAUUUUAGAUUAUUUUCUGGUGUUUUUUUGUAAAUAUUUAGAUGUUACACUGGAAAAUAACCCGCAUCUCAUUUAUAUACUUAUACUGCCUCCAUAUCAAAAUAAAAACAGUUUAAUUGGACGUCCGCUCCUAAUUAUAGUGGAUCUUAUAAGCAUUUUUUUUCUUAAAUUAUAUUUAGAAUAGUUUCAUUAAAAGUAAUCUUUUAAUUUUUGUUCCGCUAUUUUAUUUUUUAUUAUAUAGCCUAUGUGUUUCGGUGUAUAAUCUAAUUGAUAAUUUAGACGCCGAAGUAGCUGGCAUUCCUUUUUGUUAACCUUAAUUUUAGAUGUAAUCUCUUCUCGACACGAAGAUGUAGCAAUUUAGUUUAUUAUUAACGGGCUUGUUUUAAAGCUUGUAUAUUUUAUGUAGUAGCAAUCACUUCUUUCAUUUUUCAAUACUUGAUGUUAUAAUUACAUUGAAAAUGGAAAAGAUGAAACUGAAACGCGUGUACAUAGUUAGUUCGUUGCUUUAUUUGUAAUCUUGAUAUGUGACAUUUGGCGUCCGAAACGCCAAUAUAAUCAUUAGAUAAAAUGUAAAAUUUUGAACGAUUUCAAGAAAUUCAACCACCAAAUGAAAACGAUGAGUGAUUCUUUCGUUUUAUACAAAUUAUAUGUACCUGGAAUUUUUCUAUAAAAAUAUUCUCCAUACCAUAGAAACAUCAAUUUUUUUUUCUUUCAAACUAUUGACUAGCAGAACAGUGUCUCUAUUUACUGCUAUCCAUUCUGUUACUUCCGUAUAUUGCCACUAACUGGGAUAUUGAGCUUUUUCGAUAUAAAUAAAUCAUAUACAAAUAGAGUAAUGAGAACAUUCCAUGAGAUCAUCCUCAAAAUGGAAUCGAUACCUAGUUAAGUAUAUGAACCUUUUUAAUAUAUUUGGAGAACGCAAUCGUAGUUUGCUCUGAACCUUAAAAUGACUACUAGCGCUUUUUUGGUUCCCAUAUUGUUAGGAAACACUAAUUUGAUCCCUGAUGUGGUUCAGUUUCCUAAACGUUUUGUAAUUAGAACAUUCCUUGGGAUCAUCCUCAAAAUUGAUUCGAUACAGGGUUUAUAUUUACCUAGUUAAGUAUAUAAACGUUUUUAAUAUAUUUGGAGACCAAAAGUUUAGAACAGUUUAAUGUUUGAGCGUUUCAAACAUUUCUUGAAGUCAUUGAUACAUAUAUACUUGAAAAAAAUUCGAGUCAACGAGUUUUCCACUUAACAAGAAGUUCUAGAUACAUGAUUUAACUGCUGAAAUUUCUACUUACAAAGGCGCGAUUUCUAAGUAUGUUUUUUUAUUUGUAAGGUUAUAUUCAUAUUAAAACAAAUUAUAUAUUAAUAAGGUAAACUGUACACUAAAAAAAUUCUUGUGAUUUAAACAAUUUUAUCAUAUUCAAGCUUGUCGAACGCUUUUUUGAGUUCAAUAAAACAUAUAGAUAGGGUUAUUGUCGUCUAUGUAUAGCAAUUUCCUAAAUCGUUAUGAAACCCUAAUACAAUCCUCGUUUUUUUAUUUAUAUCGUAGAUUUGUUUGUUUAAAAGUAAUAUGAUUUGAACUUUAUUUUUUUUUUAAUUUUCCAUUACUCUUUCUUGUACGUAGUACAAUAUUUUUUAGAAAUAAUUCCAAAGAAAAUAAAUUUUUAAUGGUAAAUGUAUUCUUACGAAUAGAAUUUAUUUGUAGAAUUAAUUUUUGUUUUAUAAAUGCGUGUUUUGAGAAUAGGUGAAGUUGAAAAUAUUUUUUCGCGAAAAAUUCAAUUUCUGAUAUUUCAUCGUUCAAAUUUAAGAAAAAAAUAUACACAUUUUGAUUAUAUUGUAUAAUUAAUUUUAUUUUUACUAUAAGUUUAUAGAAUUUCUAUUUGUUUGUAAGAAUCAUUUCUUGAUUUUAAAAAUCUUUUCCAUUUUUUUCAUUCGUAUUGAAAAUGUUGUUAUAUGCUACUACUUUAAUAGAUUUUUUCUGUUUAAUCAAUAAUUGAUAGAAAACUCUUUUACGCCGUCAGGUGUUUAAAGACUUUUUAGUGGUUUCUGCCUUUCAGCGUUUUAAUGGAUAAUUCCUAGCGAUUUUGUAUUGUCAAACACUGUAUCUAGCUAGUCAAUUUUUGCAAUUGAGUCUGUGUCAAAAAAAAUAUGUAGGGGGAACAAAAUGUAUGUUGUUUUAGAUUUCAGUCACAAAUAGAUACUUUAAAAAUCGCUAAUUGUAUCUUCAGUCCGGCUUUUAUACGGAUAGAAGUCUUUUUCGACAUUUUGGGGUUUCAUUUGUUGAAAAUAAAUUAUAAACAAAAUAAUUACUUAGUGGUGUUUAUUAUAAUGAAUAUUUCAAUGAAAAUUCUAGUGUUUAAAAAAAUGUUUGAUGUGCCUGUAAAUGUAAUAAUCUUUCGUACACUCUAUGUUUGACGUUAUUUAAUGAAAAAAGAAACAACUAUGCACUAAUUGUCGUAAGUGUUUUCAACAGGGAUAUAAUAUACGUCAAUAUAGUUGUGGAAUAUAUAGUUGUGAUAUUUAAUUAAAUGAUUGAAAAUAAUCAAUUUUUUUAAUGUACAAAAUGGAUUCUUCUAUAACGAUACUUGUUUUUAACUCUAGCUAGAUCAUAAAUUGUAAAGUGUCUACAUGAAAAGCAACGUUUCACUUCUUCAUUUGAGGAACUCGCUGUGUCAUUAGAAAAAUAUAAAUACAGUCGCAUUUCGUUAAUACGAAACUCGAGGGAUUCUUAAAAGGUUGAGAACUAUCGAAUGCAAAGAAUAUCAAAUGGUUUGAAAUUUUAACUGACACUUUUGCCAAAGGUUCUGAUGUGUCGUCCUCCUCAUCUUCAUCGCUGAUUUUUUCAUUUGUAUCUGUCGCAGAUAAAAUUUUGCCAUCGGUUAGCGAACCGUAGACAGUAACAUCUUCGUCCACUAGAACAAAGUCGGAAAAACUAACACUGACUGAUGUCAACCAUGAAACCAGAUUUUUGAGGCAGUGGAAAAUCAUGUGGAGGGAUACAGUUCCCCAUUCCUUGUCAAAUCAGUAAAAUAGCCAUAACAUUCCUUGUCAAAUCAGUAAAAUAGCCAUAACAUUCGUUUGUGGAGAGAUUCUAAAACGAGCUUAACAAUUUCUGUACGAUAGAACGUCUCAAAAUUAUUAUGAAUGAUUCCUUGGUCCGAUGGUUGUAAUUUGGAAAUUUUAUUCGGAAAAAUGAAGUAGGAUUCUACGUUCGAGAAUAUAGAAGGACUGUUAUGGACAGUGCAAUAAAUUAAAAAGAGAAAAAUUUUCCACUUUCGUAUAAAAUGAUUUUACUCCUUUGAAACACGGUUUCAUUGCUUUUCCUAUCACUAAGGGUUUAAAUUUUCCUGAUCCGUCCAUAUUUACUGCAAGUAAAACUAUCAACCUCUCUACAUUGUUUUUCCUAUGACAUUUUUCAUCUUUAAAAGCAAGCGUCUUGUCUGGUAAACAGUAUUAAAAAUGUUGUAGCAGUUAACCAUUGAAAAUUUUACGAAUGACUUUAGGAAGGGUCUUCAUCAGGAAAAAUUCAUCUAGACUUACUAAAGUGAAGUGUAGCACGCCGAGAAAGCCUUUCUGGUUCAACUAUAGAAGGGCGUUGUAGUAGAAAGGUUAAAAAUAAGAUUGUGCAUAGUCCUUUGUAGAAAGAAAUGAAAUAAUUGAAAAAAAAUCGAUUUUUGAUUUUAGAAAUUGUUAAAAAUAUAAAGUUAAAAAAAUUUUUUGACCUGCCGUUUGAAGGGGACUCUUAAAACAUUAUAAACCAACAUAUUUUGGUACGAGACUCGAAAAAAAAACAAAAUAGAUAAAGAAAUUAAGAAAUUAAAAUAGAAAAGAAAUUUUUGUUGCAUAAUUUUACAGUUUAUUCUAGAUUUCCUCACUAUUCAGAUUCCUUGCUUGGAUAUUUUAUAUUUCAUUAAAUUUAUUUUGUACCCCAAGCAAUUAUUUUGUCGCUAAGAUAUUUGAAAUAAACCUUUCGAAUAUUUUGAAACUGUGGACAUAUUUACGGUUAGUGUAGUAAUAAAUAUUUGGGAGUUGAUUGAUGUGUGGUUAUCAGAAGAAACUUUCUUGUACAAAACAUUGCCUACAAAAUGAUGUUUUGAUAAUAUUUCGUUAUUCUUAAAGUCGAGAUUAUCGAAGUGUUGUCAGAGAUUUUUUUCAAUUAGUUUAGAAAUUAUAUCUUAAAAAAAUCUAGAUAUAGAAUUAGAAAUAUAUAUAAUAAAUAUAUAUGGUAGAUGUAAAAAAUAAUAUUUUUGGAUUGUGUAGAAUAGUUUUUUCGGAUUACUAAAUAAUACAAAUAAUAAUAUUCAGGUGUUUUUUCGCUAUAUAUAUGUAGGUUUUCUUCUCGGAAAAGCACUCUAGACACGAAUGAUCGCUUUACAAUAUUUUCAAAUUUUAAAAAAUAAGUAUUAUAUACAUUUAGUUAAAAUGGCAAAAAGUUUUAAAAAUUGUUUAAAAAUAGAGAAGGUAGAGAUUUUAUUCAAAUUUUGGCUCAAAAUUUUACCGUUUCUUCUAAAAGUUGUAUAAAAGCAUAAAAAUCAUAAAAUCUGUGAGUUGUUUCCAACAACGGAAUGAAAUUAGAAGAAUGCACCUGCUAAAAGAUCCAAAUAUUCACAAAUAUAAUUUUCAUUCGCAAAAUAUAAUUACAUCACAACCAGGGACAAGAACCAUUGCCUUACAGUUAUUUCUGAAGCAAAAGUAACGCUUAGUAAUUUCUUAGCAUAUUUCUCGAAAUAAACAACAAUAUUUUCUCGGCAUUUCUCUAGUAGAAACAUACUUUUUAGAAAAAGUGGAAUUCCAUUAACUCGGUUACUGUAAUGCACCUCUAGAGGGUUAUAUUAAACUUAGAUUCAUCGUGGUUCACCUGAUACCCUUUUAUCUCCUACAAUUUGGAAACUUAAAUAUUAUCUAACUAUUUUUCUAUAUUUUUUUUCCUUUUAUAGCUUAUUUUUAAGUAUUUCCAACCCAUAAUGAAGGCAAGGACACCCGCAGAGCAUAUAAUCUCUUCUCCAUUAUAUUCUUUGUAAUAGUCGUUACUCCCCAUUUCUGGAAUCUAAUGCUAACAGUACAAUAUCUAGUGGUCAUUCCAAUGGUCCCCUGGGCCGCUUGUUUCUUAAAGUUAAUUUUUUUCUGUCUUGGCCAAAUUACUUUUGAUAUCGUGCAAUCACUUCUAUUUGACCACAUAUCCUGAUGGUUGCUUUGUAGCACCGUAACUUGACUCUUUGGCAUCCUCUUCUAAUUUUUUCUUAUCAACUUUAGAGUUUCCUUCCACGCCAUAGUUUCCAGGUAUUGUAUUGUAGUUUUUUUAUUUGAUUCACCCUUAAUAGUCAGGAUAUUACAUCAAUUUUUCAGUCUGUACGACUAUUUGGAUCUACAGAUUUUGGUUACCGAGUCAGUUGUUAAAGAUUCAUAGUUUUUUUAUCAUUCAUGACAAAUUUUUCAUCCCCUAGUUGUAGGAAUAUUUAUUUUUAUCCUAAUAAUAUGCAAUUUAGUUUAGGUAGAUUUUUUAACUAAUAAUAUAAUACUUCAGGUGUUAUUGUUAAAAUAAAAAACAUCUUCGCGAUAUUAUUGUAAAUGAUCCAAGUGUCUAGAUUAAAUUUAUACUAUCCGGGUAUAUGCAUGUAGAUGUACAGAUUCUUGGACGUUCAGUUCCUCAGCACUUUUAUAUUUUAUUUCAAUCAACAGAUUUGUAUAUAUAUUUUUUAACGUUGUUGGUUUAGAGAUCUUUUUUCUGUGAUUGUCAAAAUUUCUUUUGUAUAUAUUUUCAUUUUUUGGCAUGUACAUUUGGGGGAAUGGAUGGGGUGGAGGUCAGGCCUAUUUGUUCUUGAGAAGAAAUCGAUGGUAAAGAUUUAAUUGAAUAGACAAAAAUGUUCGAAAAGAAAAUAUGCUUGUGAAACUUACCAUUUUAAUAUAUUCUUCAAAAAUAACCAGUAGAUUUUUCAUUCCGUUUAGUAAAUAAGAUUAAAAGUGAAGUUAUAAUUUAAAACAAGACAAAAUAGGUAAUUAUAUAGCUUCUUAACCACUGUCAAUGAGGCUUAGAUCCGGUGAACAAACAAGCCAUUUUGAAACUGGUAUGUUUCCAAUAGUAAAACUUAGAGUAAAUGCUUUGUUAUAUUUAAAAAUAGAUUUAUCUACACUUUUUCCAAAACCUAACAUCAAAAUCAGCUUAAAAUUUUGAUUAAAUUGAGAGUAAUGGAGUUUUUGCUUCGAUCAUAAUACCUCACCUGAACUUCACAGUGUCUCUGUUUACAUUUUGAGAUAGAUUUGGCAACCUGGAAACUGGAGCUCCAAGUACUUCAAUCAGUUGAUCACUUCAAUUAAGGCACUGAAAAGGGCACCAUUUCCAAUUUUCCAUUGUCCAGUUUCGUUUUUAAAAGUUAUGCAAACAUGAACAAUCCCAAGAAAUCGUUUCAAAAUGGUGGUUUACAGAAAUUAUCAUUUCAGGUCUGUAUUUUUCCUAGAAAUAAAUCAAAGAAAUUCUGUUAUUCACAACUCUUCUACGACUUUGCUAUAGCCUGUUUUUCUUGAAUCAACUUCUCGUUCAAAUAUAAUCAUGCUAGAUUAUAAAUUUUGUCGAUAUACUCAUCAGUGCUUCUAAUUAUUCAAAUUUUUAAAUUUAUUGCUAAAUAUUCUUCUGCUCUGAGAUUUUUGCUAAGGUCGAGCUGAAUGUUCUACCAGCCUACGCUACGAACUAGUGCUGGCAUGUACUAACACCUACUCUACUUAUGACCCCCGCGGAAACCGUCAUUACUAACAGGCAUUAGCUCUUCUUUAUUACUUUCCUGCAUUACCCAAUCAAUGCUGGUUGGUUGAAGGAUCAGAUUGACAAAUUGGGGUCUUCUUGUUCUUCGUCCUGGUAAUUUCGGCACGAACCUACGUUCCUCUGUAAAUGGGAGCUUGCUGUUACAUAGCAUGAAGCCUUAGACUGUGUGUCAUUUUUGACGUUCUUCUCGAUCUUUGUCUUCAAAGCUAAGCAUUGCUUCGAUCAAGGUUUUAAGCGUGAUACCUUAUCCAACAUUAAAAAAAACAUGCUCUGAGUAUUCCUAACUCAUUGUGGAAAAAUAUAGGGAUACUUAUUUGAUUAGUGGCAUGUCCUAAAUUUUGAUCUGCGGGUGAAUCAGGAAAUAAGCUCACAUAACUUCCAGGGGGUUAGGGGGAGUUCAAAAUGUUUUUAAAUUGUUUUGUCUUGGCUCCUCAGAGAGUGCUAUUUGUUAUUACAAUUAGAUUCUACUUAUAUCUUGCAAGAUAUAAAUUAUUUGAUUUUUUUAUUUUUUUGGCUUUGACGGGGGACCCUCCUAACGGUUUCACAAGUCAAUUUUCUUGAAAUAUGUAAAUUUUUUUAUAUUUUAUUAAAGAAAUGGUUUACCUUGGGUCUAUGCGAAAUACUAUGAAAUAGUGAAUUGGGGUUAUAAUCUCAAAAUGAAAAUGAAUUUAGUUUACACUAGUGUCAAAUGUAUAACUUUUCUAGUUCGUUAAGUAUUUCGUGUAGAUCGUUGGGAAAGUAUAGUACAGUUUAUGAGGAUAUACUAUUUUCUUUACUAGUUGUACAAUAUACUAUUGUACCUUUUUCUUCUAUAGAAUUAAAUCGAUAAGAUGUUAACGAUUUUGCCAAAUGUUACAGACCUUAUUCGCUUUAACUAGUUUUAAUAAUAUUGUAACCGCCUUAUUGAGAGACAAAUAUUAGUAUUUUAGACUCUUUAAAAGUCUUUUUAGAUAUGUAUAUUGUUUAGACCUUUUUGCUCUCAUUUUUUCCCAAAUAAUGCACAGGGUUUCAAUAUAGAUUUAUCAAAAAAAAAAAAAAAUAAAUAAAUUAACAGCGAAUUAGCGUAGUUGCCAAAAUUUUAUAGUCAUCGAAUUAAUUUUUUGCUUCUUACAAUUUAUUUAUGUUAAGUUUCUUUUUUUGGGGCUUUCGUUAGUAUUACUUAGUAUUUUAUUUUGAUGUCAUAUAUAUGUAACUGUGAAAUAACCUUUUUAUUAUUCAUUACUAAACUUCGUACCUUUAAUUAAUAUUUAUUUGGAGGUAAUUUUGACUUGAAAAAUAACAAAAGUUUGUUACUAUGCAAAUUCAUAGAGAUUAUUUUUAAUAACAUGUACUUAGUACCCGAAACUUUAUUAUUUUUUAAAUUGCAUUUUAUACAAUUCAUCCCCUAAAUUAGUAGAAUUUAUCUUAAAUAAUGUAAUUUCUGGAAAAAUUUGUAACAAACUGAUAAAUAACAAAAUCAUCAUCAAUAAGGGGGUGAUAAUCUUUCAUUUAGCUCUAUACUUUAUGAAAGUUUUAUUUCGGUCCUUAUUCUCUGAGGCUAAAAUCAUUUCUGGUCCUUUAGGCUGCUUUUUUUUACUAAACCUUCUGAACUGUUGUUAGUUACUACUAUCUAUUUACCCCUUAUUUAAUCUAGUCUUGUUAUUACCUCCAUUUUCCCGAUAUAUUCAUUUGACAAGUAUUUUAAUUCUGUUCUACUAGUUUAUGAUUUUUCACUGAUUUUUUCCGUAUACUUUCAGUUACCUUAUUUUAUUUAUUUUGUCUAGCCCCAUAUGUUUUAGUAUCUUUAACAAUAUCUUCAUCUAACAAUUGGCUCUUUUCUAUUUUGACUCUAAUAUAAGUUUCUUUCUUUCACCGAUGGUUACAUCUGUGUCUGGAACAUCUAGGUAUGCUCGGUGUACUAAUAUAGCCUCAUCAAUUUCAUUAUUUUCAGUUUUUGGAUCUUAUCCUACUGAUUUAGUUGAAUUCGAUUUAUUCAUUCCUCACUUUGUCUAGUCUCAUCAAUUUCACUGUUUUUCACCAAAUCUUUAUAUGACUAGUGUUUUUUGUAUUUUCAAUUAUUGUACAAUCCAAUUCACACCCUUAACUGGUGCUUUCUGGGCAUAUUUGAGGAUCACAAAGCAUAAAAAAGAAAAACAAUAUCUGUAUCAAUUUCCUCAUCAACAAUAAUGUUUUCAUCUUCUUCAUUGUUGAAAUCUUCGGUUUUACAAAUCUCGAAAAAAUUUUUACGUCUCGUGGUUUCUCCACCCUUGUCCAAAGUGCUUUUUAAGUAGUUUCGCAACAUCCUUUACUUUUGCAGCUUCAAGGCUAACCCCCUUGUUAAUGGCUUUUUCUUUUAUGUGACAGAUUUUGCUUGACAAGUUUCAGUUGUAUAAGAGACAUUUCACCCGAAACCAGAAUGUUUUUUUUUUUAGUAUAAUCCUUUUUGAUGGACUGAACUUGAAGUGCCUUUUUUGCACUUUCAGAUUCAGAUUUCCAGUAUUUAACCGGGACAGUGACUCCAACAUGAUGAACGGUUCCACCGUUAUCCAGUACCCUUCUGGCUUAAGAAUAGUGUCCUUUUUUUUCAAAUCUGUUUCAAUCAAUCCAAACACCCUGUGGAAAAUAAAGCAUUAAAGCUAAACAAAUCGCAGAGGAUCGUGGGUAGUCACGUGACGAAACUAGGCGCUCCUAUUGGCGGAUUUUGAAACUGAAAAUGGCGUAACUGCCUUUAGACUUGGCGGAAAUUGCAACUAAACCUCAACUCUCAGAUAACAGUUGUACUGAAUUUGGCAAUAACAAACUCAACUUCGAAAAAAUAUGGACUUGAAGGGUUUUGAUUCUAGGUACCCCAAUAAUUCAAAAAUUCAAUUUAUCGGUUAGUUUAUAACUAGUAAAACAGUAAUUUCACCGAAGGAGAGAUUUUUUGAAAUUUUUAGUUUGUUACAAAUUUGAGCAACGAUACACGUUACAUUUCUCGAUUUAAAAACAUUUUAAUGUAAGUCAAUAAGUGCAGAAAUUCAAAUCAAAAACAAUUUCUUGUUAAUAUUCAUAUACCUCAGGAAACUGCACCUUAUAAAAUGUACAAUUUUGGGUACGCAUAAUGAUUAAAAAUAUUAAUUUUUGGGCAAUAUGUUUUGUAUAUAUACAUAUAAUAUAAAGUUGGGUUGGUUAUGUAUUUAUAUAUUAGUUACCAUAUAUAGAGAUGCGCUUAUAACGGUUGUAGUUCAAUUGCAAUUUUUAUUAAUACUAAUUUUUUUUUUCAUUCAUAUAGGUCUACAUGUUUCUCAAUAGAUAUCAGAGAAAAAUAGUUUGAAUCUUUUUAAUCACUUCCAAUAUUAAGAUAUAACAAAUAUUUAAGAUUUUUACUAUAUAUGAUCUAAAGGCUGCACUACAAAAUAGAAUUUUUUAAACGAUGUGGCAACAUUUCCAAAUAUUCGUUUAGAUUUUUUAGUCUUUCAUUCACUAAAUCAUUUUCAAACAAAAAAUUCAGUUAAUGGAUGUAAAUAUCGUUAGAGAUAUUAGGGCCAGUACGGUACUGCACUUUGUUUACAAUGUUGUCAAGUGAAAUUUUAUAUUCACUUCAUUUAUUUUGGUAAUAUAAGAACAGAGCCUCUGAUUUAUUGAUUAAGGAAAACAAUUUUUAAUCAGGGUGGCCUUAAAAAGUGUAACGGAUACCUAAAUGUAAAAAUUACGAGGGGAGCGCUAUCUGUCAAUUUUCUUUCACACUUCAAUACAGGUAAACAAUAAAACCAGAAUAUGAAUUAAUUUUCGUUGUUUCAUAAGUAGCAUCAAAAACCCUUACCGAUUGUAUUGUUAGAAGCCAAAUUUAGCGCCAUCUAGUGACACGUGAUUUUCUCCAAUAGACUAUCGAUUUCUUCUUUUCCUUUUUUUAGAAAGCUUCGUUGGAUAAUAUUUGUGUGGGAUGAGGAAAUUUUUUAUAAUGAAAAGGAUUCAUUGGAAUUAUCCCUGAUAUAGGAGUCGCUCCUCUGCAGGGCUAAAAUUGUGAUGGAUUCCUUCAAAAAAGAGAGAAAUCCGAUCAUUUUUAAGAAGGAUAAAGGAUAUUUUUUUAUAGGAGGAAGGUUUAAUGGAGUUGGCCCUGAUAUAGGAGUUUCUCUUCUGCGGGGCUGUGGUUGAGGCUCGGUUUGAGGAUAUUUUUUUUUGUUUUCAAAAUUUUUCGAUCGUUUGACAUGACAUUUAUAUAUUGUCAACAAAUAGCAGGUUCGGACUGGUUAGAAUUGGUUUUUUUUUCAAAUAAGUACUACUAGAAUACUUUUGAGUUAAAAAUUUAGAAAAAAUGUAGUUAAAAAUAGAAAAAAAUGAUAAUAAGCCCAGUUAUAGUUUUCUUUAACAUAAAAAAUUUAGAAUGAAGACUAUGUUUGAUAAAAAUGGUUUUGGAUGUGUUGCUGUGUGAGUUUUGUAGAUUUAACUAUUAUAAUUAUUAGUGUUACACAAGACUGGUGUAGAAUCAUGUCAAUAUUUUAGCAAAUUAGUGGUGUUUGUACACCUUAUUAAAUGGUGAUAGGCUAUCUAGUAGUUAUUUGUAUAUUAACUAAAAUAACAUUGGAUUGUCGGAAUUAUUAUUUCGUUUAGACCAAUUGUAGGUGAUGAAAAAAAUAAAUUUUUCCAAAAUCAGCUUUCAAAUGAACUUGAAAUUGAAAAAAGAUGAAAAUUAUAUGAGUAAGUUUUUGUUAAGAUAGUUGACUAAAGUAAAACAUCUGCAACUGGCCUAAUAAAUUUUUUCAUACGCAAAUCAAAAGUACAUUUAACGAAUUUUUCUUUUAACUUGAAAAUAUAGUACAAAAUGAGAUUUGUUGAAAGUGAUUGUAUAUAAAAAAAUAUUUAUUAUAAUUGUAAAUAGUUUUACCAAUGGAAUGAUUUUUGGUUUGUCUUUUUUUUUAAUAGUAUUCCGAUUGUACGAGAUUUUGUUUGUUUAUAGAGGCCUUAGUAGUUGAAAUAAAACUACGUUAUUAAAUUUUAAUGCAAAUCAUUUUAUUGAAAAUUACAGCACUUCCGAAAUGUCAUUUAUAAAAUGUAAUGUUCGAAAAAAGAUUCGUUAAAUCUACUAAAUUCAAUUAACUGCUAAUUAUUGUAUUUGUUCGAGUACAAAUUAUAAAAAUCGUUACAAUAAUUGUUUAAUAACACAACACUGCUGUAUAAUGUAUUAUAUGUCAUUCAAUAAACAAAAUGUUAUAUUUAAUAUUCGUCUUUUAAAGUGUUUGCACAUUGAAAUUCAAAUUUUUCGAUUUAAAUUAGACAAUCUGUAGAAAUAUUUGUUGUAUAUCAACUAUUACACUAAUAAAAAAAAUAUUUACUUCAAUAUUUGUGAUAUUUUGAGAUUUUUUAACGAAUCCAUCAAAAUUUAUUUUCAUUUAUUAUAUGUAACGAAAAAAGAGCUGCAAGUACAAAAAAACAUUAGUUCACGUGGUUUUAAUCUCCUUGCUAAAUUUUGUUAUUAAUUUGGGUAGAAAAAAUAAUCUGUCACGUCUGGUUUAACAAAUAUUUAUUAACUCAACUAGAAUACUAAAAAAAAUUAAAAGUGGCUAAUUUUUACCUUCUUUCUAUAGCUAUUUGAUCUCAUUUUUCUUAUGAUAGACCAACAGUAAUCCCCUGACAUGUUUCCAACCCCAAAAUCUUUAAUUGCUCAUCACUCAUACUUUCUAAGUUUUCAGGGAAAAAACUCAUAUACGAAUGCAGAAAAUGACUGUAUAUUACACCUUAUGAAAAUUUUCCAAAUCGCUAACAAUUUCUUUGUAAUUUCCAUAUUUUUAUUUCCUGCAAAAUCUUCCUCAAUCAUUUUAAAUGACUUCCAAGCAGAUUUUUCAUUAACAGAUAAAAAACUCUUAAAACUGAGAAUAUUUCGUAAUUAUACGGAUUUGUGGGCCAACAAAUAUCCCCUCUUACAGUUUUCCCUCUGUAGAAAGAUUUUUUGUAAAUACCGGACUGUUUUUGUCCAAGUUUUUCAGAAAAUUUACCAUAUACUCAUUCCGAAUAGGUCAUUCUUUUUUUACAUAUGUUUUAAUAUUAUUUGUUUCUUCUCCUAUCUUUAUAUGUCAAGGAAAUGUCAUUUUUAACAAGCUUGGCACUACUGUAAGAUCUAAUUAAUUUGGAAGAAUAUUAGGAACCUUUUGCAAACUUUCUACAUUUUUUGUUGGUUUUUAUGAUCAACAUUGUGGAUUACAUCAUCUGGAUGAACUACUAUUUGAUAUUUAUUGGUACUACUCUGGUUACUAUUAUUUGUUUCUUCUUCUCUUAUCUUCGAGUGUCAAUGUAUGAUCUAAAUAAUUUUGAAAAAUACUAGAAACUGUUUGCAGAUUUUCUUCGGUGGCAGAAUUACACCAAACGAAAUUAUCUGCAGGUGAGUUAUGUGGAAUAUUUGAGGAAUUCUUGAUAUUAUGUAAUAUUUGCACAAAGAAAUUUAUUAUUGAAACAGUAGUUUAGGUUUAAAAUAGUUUCCUAAUUUCCAGAAAAAGAAAUACUUUGUCAUUUUGACAUUGAUAUAUAUUCCAUCAAAUAUUUUUUAUUAAAAAGUAUUUGUAUUCAUUUAAAUAUCUUUGAAUGCCCAUUUAAUAAUGAAAAAAUAAUUUUCACAAAUAUUUAAAUCAAAUUAUUCAAGAUAAUUAUUGGUUGGUGUUUCGAUUAAUGAUACAAGUUUUAUUCGGUACAGUAUUUAACCGAAUCAUUGAAAGUAUCCAAAUCAAUCAUGAAAUUAGUGAAAAAAAGGUAUUUACUUAUUUCAAAUUACGUAUUAUUUAAAGGCAUUAAAUGACUUAUAUUUUGAUUCGAAUAUAAAAUUGAUUGACUUGAUUAAAUUGGAAAAAAUAAAAUUUUCACAAGAGAAAUAGAAAUCUCAAAAUAUUACUGACUUAGUCCAUAACGUUUCGAAUGUGUGCUUAUAAAAUCCCUUCCAUAUAUUUGAAAAUUAGAUUAAAUCUUGGAGACAUUGCAGUGAUUGAGAUUUAUUGGUCCUAAAGCAUUAUUUUUAAUUUUAGGUCCUUAUUGGGGACUAAUAGGAAUCAUAUCAAAAAAAUUUGUGCUAAAUGGUGUAUUUUGGACUACUACUUUUCAGAUUUUAUUUAUAAAAAUAUUUGUAGUAGGAAAUCCGAAAUACACGACCGUCAACUUUUCCCAAAAAAUAUUAAUUUUCGCAUAAAUAGUGAAAUAAUACUUAUAAACAUUAGCAGGGUAUUCGUUUUGUGUGAUUAUUUGUAAACGUUCAUAUUUUCUGAACUAAAACUGACGAGUUUGUUAGAACAACUUUUCGGAAUAUUCAGAAAAAUAUGUUCAAAAAUUUCGACUGCACAUACUGACUGCAUCAUUAACCUGCCACUGUUGUUAGUUGGACCAAAAUAAUAUGAAACGUGAUUAUGCUGCCAACAGAAAAAAAAUUUCCAUUAAAUAAUCAAUUCUUUUAAUAAUAACAGUGAAUAAAUAAAACACACUGUAUAUUUCGGUAGUAAUAGUAAAUAAACAUUGAUUAAAAAAUUUUGUUUCAACUGUAACCAGCAUAAUUACCAAAAAGUGUAAAAUACAGUUGGAAAAAUUUGGAAAAAGGCGUGGGUAGGUCAAAUUUACAUUUUUUUACAAAAAUUAGAAACCAUUGGAAAGUAGAAAUAAUUUAUUUGAAGCUGAGAAACUUUUUUCUUCGUUUAUUUCCAAGUAUUCUUCGAAAAACUUUGUUUACUGAUAAAUUUGAGGCUAUAGAAAAUUUUACAAAUGGAAUUUGUUUUUACUUUCUCGCAAUCUUUAUAUAAAAUGAAUAAAUAAAUAAUUACGAAUGGUGUUAUAGGUUGAGAACUGAGUUUUUUAAUCCGACGUUUCGACCCUUUAUUUGAUCAUUAUCAAGGUUCUGUGUCAUAUGUAUUGUCUAUAGAUUCCAGUUUAAGAUGUAAUUUUUGAUACAGGGACUUGAUGAAGAUCAAAUAAAGGAUGGAAAUGUCGGUAAUUUGCAAAACUUAGACAGUUUUAUGUCGAGUUUUCAACCCACAUCAUUCGUAAUUUCGUCUAUUUAGCGAAGUAAAAUAGUAAAUCACAACAUAUUCACGCAUAGAGCACGUGAUCAGGGCUGAAAACCCUAAAGCCGAGCUUGUUACAGGACCGUACUUCAUACUUGAGAAAUAUUUUGCGGUUUCAUACAGAUAAAUUAUAAAUAAUUACGCAGAAUUAUUAUAUAAUGUGAAUGUGAAGUUUGGAAAAGCUAUAAAGUGAUUUUCCACUUAUCAAAUGGAAUUCUUUAAUAGUUUCAGGUCAGAAAAUUUAAAUGUUUCAUUUCGAUUGAGACUUAAAAAAUAUACUCCCGGAAAAUUUGCCUUUUUUUCUUAAUUUUCUUGUUUUUCAUCUUUAUCAAUAUUCAAAAUCAUUUAUAUAAGACGCUUUUUAUUUGUAGUACAUUAUGGCGCCACUGAUUUGUACCAAUAACGAUGCCGCGCCGUGUUUCCCCUCUGAUGUUUACGUGCUGAUCACGCACUGAUCAUUGUUUUGGUGUACUAUUUUUUUUUUCUAUAAAUAGACUUUAGUUGGGACAAUAAUAUCAAUUUUAUCACUCAUUCCAAAUAUAUCGAUUCGAAGAUGAAACCUGCACUAAAUUUUAUCCAGUAUAUUCAUAUUAUCAUGAAAACUUUUUGCUAUAACUAAUUAUCAAUGUCAAAUAAUCGAUUUUUGAAUAAGUAUUGAAAAUAAGUAGCUAAAUUUGGCAACAACGGGGCAGGUAAGAAUACAAUUUAUUUUCAAAGUAAUUCUUAUUAUGAAUAUUGGUCUUCUUUUUCAAAAUCCGGCCAUAUGACAAUGCAAUGUUGCCUAAGUUAAAGUCACUUUUAAUUUCAAUUAUUUCUCUUGAAUCUUACUUAAUCGAGUCUUUUUUUCAAAAUUCUUUCCAUAAUUUUUUAUUGUAUUGAAAACUCAAGAUCGUGUGUAAAUUCCUAUUGACUCGUAUUGCGUAUAAAACGGAAAUCAAGAUCGCGUUCUCGAUUCCCAAAAGAUAAAUCAAGGUCUAGAUUACUUUGUAAAUCUACCAAACUGAUCUAAAUCACGUUCAGGCUCAAAAUCAAAGUCCCAGGUCACAUACUUGACCAGUAAAAGCCGCCUCAAGAUCUAAAUCACGUUCGGGCUCUAGAAAAUCUAAAUACCGUCAGUUUUCAGAAGAUCUAGAUCAUAUUCGGGCUCCAGAAAAUCUAGAUCAGUUCUAGAAAACCGGAUUCUAGAUCACGAUUUGGUUCGGUUGAAUCAGAAAAUGAAUGGAAAUCAAGGUCGCGUUCAGGAUGCCCAAAACAUAAAUCUAGGUCUUGAUUACGUUCUGAAUUUAUCGAAAUGGGCUCAAGAUCAAGAUUACGUUCAGAUUGAGGACCAAGGAAGUUUAGAUCGCGUUCAGAUUCCAUUAAGUACGGAUCACGUACAGUAAAAGUUGCCUCAAGAUCUAGAUCACGUUCGGGCUAUAGAAAAUCGAGAUAUCGUUCAGGUUCCAGAAGAUCUAACUCACGUUUGGAAUCCAGACAAAAUAGAGAGUUCUAUUAAACCGGAUUCUAGAUCACGAUUUGGUUCGGUUGAAUUAGAAAAUGAAAGGAAAUCAAGAUUACUUUUUGAAUCUGUCAAAGUGACCUCAACAUCUUGGAUCACGUUCGGGCUUAUAACAAUGCAAUGUUACCUAAAUGGAAUGUAAUAGUUAAUUUCAAGUGGUUCUUUUGAAUUUACGGUACUUUAAUUUGAGCAUUUCAAAUAAUUUAAUAUUGGUUCGAAUUCUUGGAACACAUACUUAGAUCCAGCGCACAAAAAAAUUUGUUUUACUAUUAAUAUUUGCUAAACUCUGAUUAAGACUUUGUUUUUCUACGUAAAUGGUAAUUUCUAUAAAGUGUUAACAGUACUGAAUAGUUUUAAGGUUGUGAUGGAAUCCAGUCCAACUUUUCCAACUGUUUCGAUUAAUAUUCGUACAAAUCAUCUGUCGAUGUUUGAAAAAAAAAUGUACUAGUUACUAAUUAUUGUGAUUUGGCCUGAAAUAAUAAUUGUAAACUUAAUGUAAUAUAGACUAUCUGCAUGUAUCAUAGAUUAAAUUUAUAAUAACUGUAAAAGCUUGCAUAGGGUUUUAUUAAAUAUUUUAGUAUGUUUUUCUCUCUAUGAAUAAUUAAU